AUGUUGUUCUCUCGUGGUCUUUUUGCUCCGGUACUCAUCCCUUUCCUUCUAUCAGGCGGCACUCUUGCCAACGACGCCCUUGAACGAGCAGAAGAAGCUUUGCGCACGCUGCAGGACUACUACAACGAUGGUACUGGGAUGUGGAAUACCAUUGGAUGGUGGAAUGGCGCGAAUUGUUUGACUGCGAUUGCAGAUCUUGCUUUAGUUGAUCCAUCAGUGGUGGAGACUGCUGACUACGUCUUCAACAACACUCUGAAUAAGGCACCACCCUCCAACCCCAAUCCCGGUCCCGAAGUGAAGGCAACCUCCAAACGGUCAUUGUAUUCCCGAGCUGGCGGCUCAGCGAACGCAUCGCAGUGGCUCGACUCCGCUUAUGAUGAUGACGCGUGGUGGGCCCUCGCAUGGAUUGCUGCAUACGAUGUCACGGAGGAUAAUACCUACCUAUCGCUGGCCGAAGGUAUCUUUGCUGCUUUGACUAAAGCUUGGGGAACUCGGUGCGGUGGGGGCGGCAUACCAUGGAACCCUACGGACGGAUACAUCAAUGCGAUUACGAAUGAAUUGUUCCUCUCUGUGGCAGCGCACCUAUCCAAUCGCGUCCCAUCAAGAAAAAGUGAUUAUGUGAAUUGGGCGAUCAAAGAAUGGGACUGGUUCACCGCUCAGGGGUUCAUCGGUGAAAACAAUACAAUCAACGACGGAUUAUUGGACAAUUGCCAAAACAACGGUGCUACAGUAUGGUCCUAUAAUCAGGGAGUUGUUCUUGGAGGGCUCGUCGAGCUGAACAAAGCGGCCCCCAAUGACACCUACCUACAAUCUGCGAAUAAAAUUGCACAAGCUGGGAUUGAUACACUCGCUGAUUCGAACUACGUUAUUCAUGAUUGGUGUGAGAAUACCGAUUGCGAACCAGAUGGUACCCAGUUCAAGGGAAUAUUCAUGCGGAACCUGCAAAUGCUGCAUCGAGCAUCGCCAAAUGAGAUCUACAAAAAGGUCAUACAAAAUUCCGCGAAUAGCAUCUGGGAGAAUGAUCGGAACGAACAGGGCCAAUUCGGUGUAAACUGGGCUGGUCCUCCUUCCGCUGGAAACAUAGAUGCCUCGACGCAGAGCUCAGCCUUUGACGCGCUGGUUGCCGCAGCGGCAAUCUAA